AUGGAGGAUCAGGGGCAGCUACCCUGGGCCCGCGCUGCUAAACUAAAUUACGCGCCGCCGGUGAGGAACGGGUUCGCAGCUGCUCGCGAGCGACUGGACGGCGUGGGCGAGAACGAAAGAGAUUUGGUCCGCGGCGGGUUCCAGCCGCGCCUUCCGACUUCGCUGCCGCCCCCAGGGCAGCAGCAGCAGCAGCCGUCGCCGCUACCACGCCGACAGCCCGUCCCGUUGAUGCCUCCCGCGCAGCUUCAUCCGGGAGCGCCCCAGGUGGUCGCUCCGGCGCCUGCGGUCCCUCUUCAGUCGCCACCGCCUUUGGAGCUGAUGGACGCCGACCCCUCAGCCGGGCCGCCUUCCCAAGCGGUGGCUGUGCAGCCUGUCCUGCAGCCGCUUUCCUUGGGCACCCCCGAGGAGUCUGACACCGUAGCGCCUUGUCCGGCGCCCACUCAGCAGCCGUCGACGCAGCGUCAGGAGACGCUGCCUCUCUUCGUGGAUCCCGACGCCCCGUCGCGUCCACUACCGGAUAUUGCUACAGAAAAUAAAAAAACGGGGGACCGUGUUCGGCGGGCCGAGCGCGAGCUUGCCGAAGGGUACCGGGCGCGCCGUUGCUGA